AUAGAAACCCGAGCCGGAAGUGUCGGAGUGACGCAGCGCCUGGUUUCCGGUUUCCACAUGUAAACAACACCGCGCUUGGUCUCCUCUUCUCUUCCUCAACAUGUCCAUGGAGGAUCCGUUUUUCGUGGUCAAGGGGGAGGUGCAGAAGGCGGUGCUGUCAGCCCAGGGGCUCCACCUGCGAUGGGGCGAGCUGCUGCGGGCGCCUGGGGGCGGGGCCUCCCGGGAGGAGGCGGAGUGGACGACCAAUGAGCUGAGGAACAGCCUGAGGUCCAUCGAGUGGGAUCUGGAGGACCUCGACGAGACCAUCGGUAUCGUUGAGUCCAACCCGAAGAAGUUCAACCUGGACGCUCCGGAGCUCGCCAAGAGGAAGGCCUUCAUCAGCGCCACCCGGAAGGAGGUCCAGGAGAUGAAGGAGCAGAUGUCCAGUCCGGCCACCUUGUCCAUCCCUGACAAGAACAACAGACAGGGGCCGGGCGGGGGUCCGGGCGGGGACCGCUACACCAGACUGGACCAGCAGCUGCAGACGGCCAACAGCCUGUUCAUAGAGGAGCAGCACUCACAGCAGCAGCUGAUGGCGGAGCAGCAGGACCAGCAGCUGGAGCUGGUCUCAGGGACCAUCGGGGUCCUGAAGAACAUGUCGGAGCGGAUCGGCCUGGAGCUGGACGAGCAGGCAGUCAUGCUGGAUGACUUCACCCACGAGGUCGACAACACGCACUCCAAGCUGGACAACGUGAUGAAGAAGCUGGCGAAGGUGUCCCACAUGACCAGCGACCGGCGUCAGUGGUGUGCGAUCGGGGUCCUGCUCCUCAUCCUCCUGGUGGUCCUGAUGCUGUUCUUCAUCCUCUGAUCCUCCUCUUCAUCACAAGACAGUCUCCGCUCAGCCAGGAGACCCAAGACCCGGACUCCCUAGAGACCUGGACCCCCUAGAGACCCAGACCCCCGAGAGACCCGGACCCCCGAGAGACCCGGACCCCCUAGAGACCUGGACCCCCUAGAGACCCGGACCCCCGAGAGACCCGGACCCCCGAGAGACCCGGACCCCCUAGAGACCUGGACCCCCUAGAGACCCAGACCCCCGAGAGACCCGGACCCCCGAGAGACCCGGACCCCCUAGAGACCUGGACCCCCUAGAGACCCAGACCCCCGAGAGACCCGGACCCCCGAGAGACCCGGACCCCCUAGAGACCCAGACCCCCUAGAGACCCGGACCCCCUAGAGACCCGGACCCCCCCGGACCCCCUAGAGACCCGGACCCCCUAGAGACCUGGACCUGGUCUGGUCUAGUCUGUACUGGUCUCUACUGGUCCGGUCCAGACUCUACUAGACUCUCUUGCUCUGUUGUGACUGAUUAGGCUUGACUUGUCUCUCCUGGUGUCUCCGUCUCUCCUGGUCUCUCAGUCUCUCCCGGUCUCUCAGUCUCUGCUGGUCCCUCAUGGUCUCUCUCAGUCUCUCCUGGUCUCUCAGUCUCUCCUGGUCUCUCCUGGUCUCUCCCGGUCUCUCAGUUUCUCCCGGUCUCUCAGUCUCUCCUGGUCUCUCCAUCUCUCCUGGUCUCUCUCAGUCUCUCCUGGUCUCUCAGUCUCUCCUGGUCUCUCCUGGUCUCUGUCUCUCCUGGUCUCUCCUGGUCUCUCCGUCUCUCCUUGUUUCUCAGUCUCUCCUGGUCUCUCCCGGUCUCUCAUGGUCUCUCUGUCUCUCCUGGUCUCUCAGUCUCUCCUGGUCUCUCCUGGUCUCUCUCGGUCUCUCCUGGUCUCUCAGUCUCUCCUGGUCUCUCCUGGUCUCUCUCGGUCUCUCCUGGUCUCUCAGUCUCUCCUGGUCUCUCCUGGUCUCUCUCUGUCUCUCCUGGUCUCUCCUGGUCUCUCAGUCUCUCCUGGUCUCUCCUGGUCUCUCUCAGUCUCUCCUGGUCUCUCAGUCUCUCCCGGUCUCUCUCAGUCUCUCCUGGUCUCUCAGUCUUUCCUGGUCUCUCCUGGUCUCUCUGUCUCUCCUGGUCUCUCCUUGUCUCUCAGUCUCUCCUGGUCUCUCCUGGUUUCUCCUGGUCUCUCCUGGUCCAGUUAUUCCAACCCUCUGGUUGAUGUUUUAUUGUUUUAAUGUCUCCUCUGUCUGCCCUAACGUCACCACGGUAACGGUCCUUGACCGACUGGAGACACUGGGACAUACAAGGAGAGAGA